AUGGCCGAAACGUUUGAUAUCAAUAGGCAACCAAAUUUCAAGAUAUGUCCCAUUAUUGAUCCAUAUGUCGGAGUUGUUUCCUGUAAUGAUCUUUAUUUCGAUUUUGGGCUUUUAUGCGGCCUAUUUAUUGAUGAUGGAAGUAGCUGCCCUUUAAAACCACUUGGGAUGGAGUCUCUUGUGGCGGAGGGACUAGCAAUACGCUCAGCUACGAAACAUGCUAUCACUUUGCAAUUUGAUCGAGUGCUGUUUGAAUCUGACUCACUCCAACUUAUAUCUGCAAUCAACGGUGGACCUAACUUCUCCGAUUUCCAUGAGAUCGUGUCGGAUAUCAAAAUCAUGUCUUUGUUUUUCGCUUUUGCUUUUGUUGCGUUUAAGUUCUGCAAUCGUAAUGCCCUCUGUUUUGAGGAUGGUUUAGCUAAACAUGCCCUCAGUGGCUUUGUACCAAAUUUGGUUUAA